AUGGGGAAUUUAAUCACUUGCUCGAUAUCCUGUGAUGAGUGGAUGGAUAAAAUCUCUCAAUGGCUAGACAAGAAAGUUGGUUAUAUUCACGAUCUUGAGAAGAAUCUCGCCACUCUGGAGAACAGCAUGGUUAAGCUCAAGGCUAAGCGGAAUGAUUUAUUACGAAAGGCCACAAGAGAGGAGGAUAAAGGUGGACAAAGGCUGGAAGAAUUCCAGGUAUGGCUUAAGAAAGUUGAGUCUUUGGAUCAAAAAGUUGAUGCUCUUCUUGAUGCUAGAGAUGUUCAACUUCAAAGGUUGUGUCUUUGUGGGUUUUGCUCUAAGAGUUUAAGAUCCAGUUACCGUUACGGGAAAAAGGUUUUCUUGUCGUUGAUAGAUGUUGUGCAACUCGAAAAUAGAGUUUUCCAAAAUGUUACUGAUCAAGUAGUUAAUAAAGCUGACACAGCUGUGAUAGAGGAAAUACAAGUUCCACGGAUAAUUGUUGGUCAAGAAGCAAUGCUCGAUAAGGCAUGGAAACAUCUCAUGAAAGAUGGAGUUGGUAUUAUGGGUAUGUAUGGUAUGGGCGGAGUUGGGAAAACAACGCUUCUCAUGCAAAUCAACAAUAAGUUCAGUGAAGAAAGGUGUGGAUUUGAUUUUGUGAUUUGGGUUGUGGUGUCUAAAGAGUUACAUGUAGAGAAGAUUCAAGAUGAAAUCGCUCAGAAAGUUGGUCUUGAUGGAGAGAAGUGGGAGAAAAAAAAGAAGAGCCAAAAGACCAUUGAUUUAUACAAUUUCUUGAAGAAAAAGAGAUUUGUGUUGUUUUUAGAUGACAUAUGGGAGAAGGUGGAUUUAACAGAGAUUGGAGUCCCAUUUCCAGCACCAGAAAACCGAUGCAAAGUAGUCUUCACCACUCGUAAACAAGGUGACAGCGAUCCAGAGAUCCCCAAGCUUGCAAAAGACGUUGCUAGAAAAUGUGGUGGCCUUCCAUUGGCGCUCAAUGUCAUAGGGGAGACCAUGUCAUGCAAGAAGACGGUGGAAGAAUGGCGUCACGCUAUAAAUGUUUUGACUUCGUACGCUACAGAGUUUUCUGGCAUGGAAGAUAAGAUCCUUCCUUUUGAAGUAUAG